AUGACAGACACAAAUUCCACAGUUCUCUCCCCCGACUCCCCUCUCAUCAGCCACGACGGCUCCAGCCCCUCUGCCAGCCUAAACUCAACACAAUCCAUUGACCCAGCCUUACUAGAUGAAGAAGAAAAUCCCGUCGAAGACGACAACAUCAUCACACCAUCAAAGCAAUCAUACGCCAUCGGCGGGGGAGGAUACAACGCGCUAAAGGCACACAAGGGCCAACUAUACUCCGGCAUGGCAGUCGGCGGCUCUCAUACCUGGAACUACGACCCGGGUGUAUGGAAAGAGACCAAAGAAGAGCCCGAUCUAUGGCGAAUAGAUUAUCAGACUAAUAAGCGCCGAAUGCGAAAUGCACCCAAGGGUAGUGGAGCGCCCGUGGGGACGGAGUAUCACUGGUUAAUUGUGGGACAUCAGCAUGUGCGGAAAAUCGACGCAAACACGUACGAGACCCAUUUGACGGGUGCCAAGUAUAAGUUGGCACACAAGUCAGCCACGACGGGGUCGUGGUCUAUUCCGACGGUGCGGGGUCAACGAGAACGGGAAAUGGAGUUACUUGAAGAUGCACGGCGUCGUGUACAAGGAUUACCCCCCGUACUUGCGAGUGAGAAGGUCAAGCUUGAUCGGCGUGAGAAAGGGCAACAGAGUCUUGAUACGUUGUUUAGUAAAGCUAGUCGGGGGAAGGGGGAGACUACUGAAGCUAAGAAGAGGAAACGAGUGUAA